AUGGGUCUCUCAGGUCACUGCCUUUGCGGCGCUGUCAAGUACACCGUCGACAUGGACCCCUUGAACGUCGCCUACGACCACUGUGACGACUGCCAGCGCCAGACUGGUUCCACCUACUCUCUCGUCGCCGUCGUCCUCAAGGACAAGCUGAACAUAUCUGGCCCCACCAAGAGCUACGCUGGUACCGGUUCCUCCGGCAAGCCCGUCCACCGUGUCUUCUGCGGUGACUGCGGCUCCCCCAUCUACCACGACCCUGAAGCGGCUCCCCCGAUCAUCGCCCUCAAGGCCGGUACCCUCUCGGUCGAGGACAAGCGGGCCCUCAAGCCUGCUGCCGAGAUCUGGUGUGUCAGCAAGCUUCCUUUCAUGACCGAGAAGCUCGAGAACGCCUUCGACCACAUGCCCCCUCACUAA